GCGGGACUCUGGUCUAUAUUCAAGUCUAUGGUUCAGAGAUGGGAGAUAGGCACCCCCUUGGAAAGAAAAAUCUGUAAAAACAAAACAAAAAAAACAGCCUCAGAAGCUCUUUUUGACCCUUCAUGACUCACUGGAUCAUCUAUGUUAAGCCGUCAGGCUUCACAUUAAAAAAGGGGAAAAAAAGAAGUACUUCCUCUUUAUCUUCAAACAAAACUCGUCUCAUCAUGGGGAACUUUGCUGCCAAUGAAGGACUCUCCAUUUUUGUUAUUCUGGUCUGGCUGGGAAUCAACGCCUACCUGUUUGUCCAAUUCUACAGGGCUUUUCUAGUGGAGCGCUGGUUCUACACCCGGGUGCUGCUGGGGCAAGCCUUGCCCUGGGCUAGAGCUCCUGCUGCCUGCCUCAACUUUAACUGCCUGCUGAUCCUGCUGCCAGUCUGUAGAAACCUGCUCUCCUUCCUUCGAGGUUCCAUCCAGUACUGCAGUCGGACCGCAGCUCGCCAACUGGAUCGAAACCUCACCUUCCAUAAACUGGUGGCUUACAUGAUCGCCUUCCAUACAGCUGUGCAUAUUAUCGCACAUCUGUUUAACUUUGAGUUUUUCAUGGACGCACAGCUGAACCGCAACAGCAGCUACCUGCCCUUCGUCUUGUCUGAAAUCGGCACCGGGGACAACGCCUCCUUCCUGAAUCCCAUCAGGAGCAACGAGACGAACCCCACCAUCGUCAUGUUCACCACCAUUGCGGGGCUGACAGGGGUGGUCAUCACGCUGGCUCUCAUUCUCAUCAUCACCUCCUCCAUGGAGGUCAUCCGCAGGUCAUACUUUGAGGUGUUCUGGUACACGCACCACCUUUUCGUCAUCUUUUUCAUCGGCUUGGUGUUCCACGGUUAUGGGCGUAUUGUGAGGGGACAGACUCUCGCCAGCCUCCAAACAAACAAACCGGAUAAUUGUGCUGAUCGGUUUGAGGACUGGGGGAAGAAUGCGUCUGGCUGUGACGUACCAGAGUUUGCUGGAAACCCCCCGGGGACCUGGCAGUGGGUUUUGGCUUCGAUGAUCCUCUAUGUGUUUGAGAGGCUUGUUCGGAUCUACCGGUCCCAUCAGAAAGUUGUCAUUACCAAGGUGGUCAUGCACCCCUCCAAGACUCUGGAGCUGCAGAUGAAGAAGAAAGGUUUCCGAAUGGAGGUGGGACAAUAUGUCUUCAUCCAGUGUCCGUCUGUCUCCAGGCUGGAGUGGCACCCCUUCACCCUGACCUCGGCUCCAGAGGAAGACUACUUCAGCGCCCACAUCCGAAUUGUUGGCGACUGGACCCAGGCGCUGUACGAAGCCUGCGGGGGGGAUAAAACCGAACAGCAAGAGGCCUGGAAGCUGCCCAAGGUAGCCAUUGACGGCCCGUUUGGUACCGCCAGUGAGGACGUGUUUCAUUAUGAGGUAGUAAUGCUAGUUGGUGCUGGAAUCGGAGUGACUCCUUUCGCCUCCAUCCUGAAGUCUGUUUGGUACAAACACAUCCAGAAUAACCAGGAGGUUUUCACCAAGAAGAUCUACUUCUACUGGCUGUGUCCGGAGACUGAGGCCUUCGAGUGGUUCGCUGACUUGCUCCAGUCUUUGGAGCGACAGAUGGCAGACAAAAACAUGGCCGACUUCCUCAGCUACAACAUCUACCUGACCCGCUGGAAACAGACUGAGGCGGCUCAUUUCCGUGUCCACCAUGAGGCAGAGAACGAUCCAAUCACUGGCCUCAAACAGAAGACUCUUUAUGGGAAACCAAACUGGGACAACGAGUUCACCAACAUCGCUUCGAAGCACCCAGGGAGCAAAGUGGGGGUGUUCCUGUGUGGACCCCCUCAGCUCGGUAAAUCUCUGGAGAAACAGUGUUUGUCUCACUCCGAGGCCGACGUCAAGUUCAUCUUCAACAAGGAAAACUUCUGAACAUUUGCUCCGCAGCACAGAUCUCGCCUUCACUUCAACCACCAACAUCUGGCCAAGAUCUUAUUGAGAAAACAGAGAAACGUUUGCUGUUUUCCAUGACUUCUCUCUUUGUCGUUUCAAAACUUCUUUUUUCCUUUAGUUUGUUGAGUUUUCUUAGAAAUCUGUAGCAGAAGUGAACGUCAGAUGGUUAAGAAAUAUGUGAGCUGCAAAAACAGCAAACAUCCUCGCAAAUAAAAAGAAAAAAGAAAAAUUAGAGGACGAUGCUGGAAGAAAUUUAAUAUAAACUAAAGUUUUUAACACAAUAAAAACUAUUUAGUUUCCUAAAAAGCUGUUUAUAUUUAAUUUUAAGGAACUUUUGAACUGCAUCAUUAUUCGCUUUUCUUACUAGUAAAGUUAACAGACGUGUGAUUUUAAGAAACUAAAGAAAAAGUUCUGUUUCAUUAAAUCUUCCUGUUUUCUUAUCAACACAAUGAUUUUCUACGAACAAAGGCAGAUUCAAUCAAUAAAAAGUGCCUAUGAAGGACGCUGCAGCAUAAAUCAUGUUUUUCUCUCUUUUUACUGUCGACUGCAUCUCUGAAUCAAACGAAAACAAAAAUGUUUCAAACAAGAAUUCGUAAAGAAGUUUGUUUUUUCAUAUAACUCAGUCACUGUUGUCUGUGUUAAAUAAAUAUACAUGUGGUUAACAUUAUUGAACAAAUAAAUAAAUAUAAAAUUUG